AUGACACUCACAUUCGACUACGUCGAGCCCGACCAACUCCAAGACGCGAUCAACAUCGAGCAGGAUGGCUACCCCGCAGACGAAGCAGCCUCCCUCUCCGCCUUCCGCCUCCGCCAGUCCCAAGCACCCGAUCUCUUCCUCGGCGCCUACAUCGACGGCAAACUCGUAGGAUACGUCUGCUCCACCCUCUCAAACGACGAGACCUUGACCGAGGAGUCGAUGAAGAGGCAUGUACCCGGUGGAAAGUCGGUCUGCGUCCAUAGUGUUUGUGUGGAUAGGGGGAUGUGGGGGAAAGGCGUUGGAGGGCGCUUGUUGGGGGAGUAUGUUAAGCGGGUUGGGGAAGCGGGCGUCAACAAGUACGAGAGGAUUCUGUUGAUUACCCAUGACGAGCUCAGAGGGUUUUACGAAAAGGCUGGGUUUGAGUGGGUGGGAGAGUCGAGUGUUGUCCAUGGUGCGAGGAAGUGGUACGAGAUGCGUAUCUUGCUCGACCGGGCACCACAGAUUUCGCAGGAUGUGUUGAAAGAGCUGUUGAAGCCUACGCAGAAGGAGGAACUGAGGACGCCGCAUUUGGUUUCGUCGUCGUCUUCGCAGGUUCCCUCUUCGGCCCAGCAGAGUACUUCCCAGGAGCGGACCUCCCAAGAGAAAGCACCCAAUUUCCUCUCGGAAUUUAAAGAUGCUUUCGAGGAUCUUGUUGUGCAGCACCCGACGGACCAGGGUGUGCUGGUGAACAAGUAUGAUUUGAUGUGUCCCCGUGGGUGUAGGAGUGUCAUUCUGAAGAGGGGAGUGGGGAUAUGGAACCACCAAAUACACCUCCCCACCCCCUCCUCCCUCCUCUCCCCUCCCCGCCGACCACCACGAACUGGUGGCUCGUAA